AUGAUAAAAUGUGUAAGGGGCAGAAAGCAAAGGAAGGUCCUUUUUUUCUGGUGUCAUAAGAGAAGCGUAUUUGUGCCAAGUGAGAGGGAUGUCGCAAAAUUAUCAGCGAAGAGCCUAGGCAAUUACGCAUUCGACAUUUUAAGAAUAUCGAACGAAAAUAAAGCCAUGUACGAAAUGUUUAAAAAAAGAAUAAACAGUGAAAUAGGUUCAUUUGACGCAAAAGAUUGUUAUAGGGUGUUAAAAUCUUUGGAAAUAAACAACAAGCUGAAUGAAGAAGAAGAUAUGACAUGCAAAUAUUCAAUCAAAGAGAUAUGUGACAUUUCUUUUUUAUGUUCCAAGUUAAAUUUGGUGUACAUUCCCCUGUAUGCAUCGUUAUCCAUUUCGUUUUUGAACAAAAUAAAUUUGGCAACUCCUGAAAAUUUAUCCAUUUUAAGUUUAAGCUUUUGUAAAGUUCAAAUAAGAGACGUAAAUCUGUUUAACCGAAUAGCCAUUGCAACGUUGAAUUUGCUAUACAUGUUUGACGUGGAGAAUUUGGUCAAUGUGUUGAUUUCGCUUGCCUUCUUGGACAUUAAAAAAGACAUGCUAUUGUACUCAUCUGUGGAUAUUUUUGUAAAAAAUCAAAACAAGUUGAAUGGUGAUCAGCUGGUAAAAAUUGCACACGUAUAUUCCAAGUUUGACUUUGUAAAUAAAGACAUAAACUCCAUACUUGUGGGGAGAAUUCCCGCGUUCGUUCCACACUUAAACAAUGUACAGCUGGCCGAGUUAACAAUUUCGUUAAACAGGCUAGGAGUUCACUCGUACGUCACUGAUAAAUUUGUUACCAAUGUGAACUUGUCCCACUUAGCAUUCCCCAUUGCCAUAAAAGUGAUCAAAAUAUUGUCCAGCGUAAACCGCGCACACAGCGUUAACCACGUACUCAGCGUAAACAGCGCACACAGCGUAAACCGCAUACACCGCGUAAACUGCGUAAACCACGUCAACGUAGAGUUUAAGUACGACCAAAUUUUGUCCUGUGUGCAAAAUUUUUUGCUCAUUCAUGGGAGGGGAAAUCACCUGAACGGCAAGGUAAAUUUUGACAUUUUGCACGAUUCUGAAAAAUCUCCCCAUUUAGCUAGCGACAGCAGGAGUGACAGCAAGAGUGACAGCAAGGAUGACGGAAGGAAUGUUUUGCUCACCGAUGUGGUUAGUAACCAAAUGGCCGAACAGGGCACUGAGGGUGGCAAACCCCCGGCGGAUGAGGAAUGGGGGGAGCCAUUUCGACUAGGCCACCUUACGAGUGAGUACAGUCCCAUUCAUGAUGUGCAGAGCCGUUCCCAGUUUUACUUGCCAGUUUUGGAGCGCACUUUAAACAAACCGAAUUCAUGCGGAAGCGAAAUGAAGAACCACGUUUUUUCUGAAGAAGAACUAACCCAGCACUAUCUGUGGUACAAUUUGAAGCAGAAAAUAAAUCCAAAUUCGGUAUGCCAUUUGAAUGUAGAUCUAUUCGAGUGUCUGGUGAAUUUUCUUCUACAAAAUUGUGUAAGUGGGUAUGAAGAAAAAUUAAAAUAUUUUUUAAAUUGCAUAAGUCGAGAAAUUAUUCUUUCAAAAGAGUACUUAAAUUUCAAUUGCCUAAUAAAAAUAUUUUCCGCUUUAUUUAAAACGCCAAUCAUAUGGAACUUGUCACUUUUAAAUUGGAGUUCCAUCAAUUCUGGCAAGGGGAGAAAGAAGUGCCUAUUUUAUAUUAACGAGGAUACCGAUUUUUAUGAACAAUUAGUAGAGCGGUAUUUUUGUAUUUUCCACUCAUCUGAGAAUGCGGAUAAUCACAGCUUGGUGCUGUGCUUUAUUAUGAAUCUGUUGAAUGCUGAGGUGAAGAAUGCGCACAGCUCGUCAAUCCAAAAAUGCUUAGAGCAUUACGCGUUGGUAAGGAGGAAGGGUAAAGACGUACAGGUGGGCUACCCCAUAGAGGACCAAAGUGUGUAUACUUUUGUAGAGUACUUUUACAAGGGUAUCACCCUGUGGGGGGAAAGCAGGCACCUAUUCGAUACAGCUGCGGAGGAAGAAGCGGAUCCACCAGAGGAGAACUCACCCUUGGUGUAUACCUUCCCCUACGCCAUGAGGGACAGCGUGCCAAAUAAAAUUCUGACUUUAGAAUUAUUUGGAAUUGUUCAAAAUUUUACGAAAAAUGUGAAGAUGCACUUUAAGGAGGGCGCGUAUACAAUAUCGCUGUUCGAGUUUGACAACUAUGUGGUUUACUUGUUUUUGGAACCGCUGGAUUUUUUCUACUCCCCUGGGCAAGGCACCGAGUUGGACUUCUUGAACAGUGUGAGUGUGCGGAAUGAACUCAGGGAAGAGGCGCAUGAGUCCGCUGGAUCUUCUGAUGUGAGAAACGCAGGGGAGGUAGGAACCCACUCACUUGGGCUGCCCAAAACGCAGGAAAAGAGCAGUACCCCCCAAGGUCAAAAUGCUCAGACAGAAAAAAAACAGCUCCUUCUAAUUUGCGGCAUGUCUUACAACCCGUAUGAAAUUUUUCAGAACAAUAAUUAUUUCGUUAAGUCGGAGACAUUAGUAAAAAUAAAUUACUUGCUGAUUAAGGGAUACAGCAUAAUUGCCAUUCCGUUUUAUUCCUGGAGGUGCAUGAGUUACGAGGAGAAGGUUGGAUCCAUUAGCGCGCUUCGACAGAGUAUCCUGGACGGGCAGGGUUGA